AUGAAGAAGCUCGCUUUCAUAAUGGCGGACGAUUGGAAUAUCUAUUCAAAACUUAGCGAUGAGUACAAUAUUCUUUGUAAGAAUUACGAGAUGGGUAGAAAAGUCUCAAUUGCUUAUGCAGUCUCUCUAUAUGGUUCAAUGACUCCCUUUCUGGUUGUACCGGUGAUAAUAAACACAGCCAGCUACAUGGGGUUGUACAACAUUUCCGAUAGACCCCUGAUGUUUCGCACGGAAUACUUUAUAGAUUCCGAGAAGUAUUACUACCCGUUAUUGGUGCAUUCGUAUAUUGGCACCCUCGGAUUCGUCACGAUCGUCGUAGCGAUCGACUCGAUGUUGGUGUUUCACGUUCAACACGAAUGUGGGAUGUGCGAGAUCCUAGGAUAUCGGCUAGCACGGAUUGUUGAAGCAGAUACUUUAGACAUAAAUUUGUAUACGAGCAAAGAAGAAGCUAUGUCGUAUGGAUAUAUUAAGAAUUGUGUCAUCAUGCACAAUCAUAUAAUAGAGUAUGCAAGACGUAUCGAAAUUGCGAAUACGACAUCGUAUUUUUUUCAACUAGGUUUCAAUAUGAUGGGUAUGACAUUCACAAUAUUCCAGGCAGUGGUAAAGUUGAGUGAUCCAAAUGAAGCUCUGCGAUAUGCAUCGUUCACGGUGACUCUGUUAUCCGUACUCUUCCUCGAAAGCUGGCCGGGUCAGCAAUUAUCAGAUUAUACUAACAAAAUUUUUGCAUUUACAACCAACGGAAGAUGGUAUCAAUCUUCGCUGAGAGUAAGAAAAGUGAUCAGCAUUAUGCUGAUGAGGGGUUAUGUGCCAAUCAAGAUAACUGCGGGUAAACUGUACGCCUUGAAUUUGGCAAACUUCGCUGCAGUCGUACGCACGUCGUUUUCUUACUUCACUGUCCUUUGUUCUAUGCAAUGA